UUGUCUGAUGACGACAGCGAUGGACUUUCACGAGAAGUCGUAGCACCACCUCAAGCGCAUGCUGAGCCGGAUGUGGUUAGCGAGCGACCGCGACCUGAUGUUGUACCACGUCAAGGAGGCCCUGAUUUACUCCCAUCCACAACAUCACAACGAGCUGCACAACCUGAGGUGGUUGUAGACGCAGGAGAGGUACGGUGGUCAGACGACGACUUUGGAGAUGCCGAGGACGGCGGCAACGACAUUAAUCUCGAUGAUUUGAAUUUGGACGACGAAGAUUGA